CCGAAAACAUUUUGUUCACUUCCUACCUGCGCGAGGACGUCUCGUGAGGUGUACUUUUUUAUUCGGCUUUUAAAAGUCCGCUCGGUUUUGUUGUGAAAUAUUAUUUAAAAUUAUUCAUACGGUGUUCGACUCUGUCAGUGGAUCAAUAAUUAUCCUGAUAAACGCAAAAGUUUUAUUUCCGAGCUGACGCCUCGUUGUGGCUUGUUUUUUUUUUUUUUUUUUUUCUCAAACUUUUUUUUUAUUUAACUUUUUAUUUUAAUGUGAGUGUGACACGUUGAGGCGCUAUGCUUGGAGCGGAGAGCAGGGUGGAAAGCCGGCUGAAAAAGCUGGAGUCCCUCAUGAGGAACCCUCAGUCCGCACUCAAUUUGGAAACCCUGCUGGAUUCAGUGAGUGCCUUGGCUCAUGAUCUCAACUUUCCGAACCUGCGGAAAAACAAAAACAUUGAUGCCUUCCUGAACAGAUAUGACAAGGCUGUGGAACAGCUGCGAGAACUGCAGGUGAAGCUCGAAGACUUUCAGAAAGUGAAGCUGAUCGGACGAGGAGCUUAUGGAGAAGUGCAGCUGGUCCGCCACAAGGACUCUCGGAAGGUUUAUGCCAUGAAGCAGCUCAACAAGUUUGAGAUGAUCAAGCGCUCCGAUUCUGCCUUCUUCUGGGAGGAGAGGCACAUCAUGGCCUUUUCCAACAGCCCUUGGGUCGUUCAGCUGUGCUGUGCUUUCCAAGAUGAACGCUACCUCUACAUGGUCAUGGAGUUCAUGCCUGGAGGGGACCUGGUUACCCUCACCCUGAACUACGACAUACCGGAGGAGUGGGCCCGCUUUUACACAGCUGAAGUGGUGCUGGCGCUGGACGCCAUCCACUCCAUGGGCUUCAUCCACCGUGACGUUAAGCCUGACAACAUGUUACUGGACCAACAUGGACACCUUAAACUGGCUGACUUUGGCACAUGCAUGAAGAUGGACUCGACCGGUAUGGUGCGCUGUGACACGGCAGUCGGCACUCCUGACUACAUUUCGCCUGAGGUGCUCCAGUCACAGGGAGGUGUCGGUUACUACGGUCGGGAGUGCGACUGGUGGUCUCUAGGAGUCUUCAUCUAUGAGAUGUUUGUUGGUGAAACGCCCUUUUAUGCAGAGUCCUUAGUUGGCACUUAUGGCAAGAUCAUGAACCACAAGAACUCCCUCAACUUCCCCGAUGAUGUCGAGAUGUCUCAGGAAGCUAAACAACUCAUUUGUGCCUUUCUCACAGAAAGGGAGGUUCGUUUGGGUCGCACCGGAGUGGAUGAGGUCAAAUCCCACCCCUUCUUCAAGAACGAUCAGUGGACCUUUGAAAACAUCAGAGAGACUGUCGCCCCGGUCGUGCCAGAGCUGAACAGUGACAUUGACACCAGUAAUUUUGAUGAAAUCGAAGUCGAUAAAGGAGCCGCUGAGACUUUUCCUCCACCUCGAGCCUUUGUGGGCAACCAGCUACCGUUUGUUGGCUUCACUUACUUCAAAGAGGACCAGCUGCUGAGGGGAACUAAAGAAGACUCUGUGGAAAAGUCUGACAGCUCUAAAGAGAACUGUGAGGAAAAGGAGCAUUUCUCCAAGAGAGAGCAGCUGCAAAAGAAGGUUCACCAGCUUGAGGAGCAGCUUGACCAUGAGAUGCAGGCCAACGAUGAGCUGGAGCAGAAGUGCAAAAAUGCAACCAACCGUUUAGAUAAAUUGGUCAAAGAACUGGACAAGGAGAUGAAUAGCCGGCAGAGAGUCGAGGCUUCGCUGAGGCAGCUGGAGAGAGAGCGCGCUCUGCUGCAGCAUCAGAGUACCGAGAACCUGCGGAAGGUGGAGCUGGAGUCCGAAAGAAAACGUGCCCUGGAGAAUGAAUUGAACAACCUGAGGGACCAGCUAGAAGAUCUGAGGAGGAAAAAUCAGAACUCCCAUAUUUCCAAUGAGGAAAACAUUCAGCUGCAGAGACAACUGGAGGAGGCCAACGCUUUGCUGGAGGCCGAGCAGGAAGCAGGAGCCCGGCUUAAGAAGGGUCAGGCCGAGGCACACAAACAGGCCCAUAGCCUGGAGGUCAGCCUCAGGGAAAUACAGGAAAAAUGCAGCCAGUUAGAAAACAGCAAGAUGGAGCUGGAGAAACAGCUGAUGGGUCUGCAGGCCGAGCUGGAGGCGGAGAAAAGAGACCGCAGCCUCGGGAUGGAAACAAUCAGCGACCUGCAGGGAUGUAUCUCUGGUCUGGAAGAACAGAUGAAACACAUGAAAUCAUCUCUUUCCAACAUCUGUGCUGAAAAGAAGCAGUUACAAGAGAUGCUCUCGGACCUCGAAAAGGAGAAAAGCAACCAAGAGAUUGACCUGACGUUCAAGAUAAAGUCAUUGCAGCAGAGUCUGGAGCAAGAGGAGGCUGAACACAAGGGAACCAAGGCCAAACUCACAGACAAGAACAAUACCUACCAGUCCAUCGAGGAGGCCAAGUCUGAGGUCUUGAAAGAGAUGGAGCACACCCUCCAAGAGGAGCGCAGCUUGAAGAUGCAAGUGGAGGGAAAGCUGCUGCAACUGGAAAAGGACCACUCCAUGCUGGACUGUGACUACAAACAAGCCCGACACAAACUCGAUGAGCUGCGUGCACAGAAAGAGAAGCUCUCUAAAGAGGUGAAGGAUCUGAGCUUGUGUCUGGAGGAGGAGAUGCACAAGAGGAGUCUGAGCCAGAGCGAGCUGAAGGCGCAGAGCCAGCAGGUGUCCUUGCUGCGUUCCUCAGAGAAGCAGCUCAAACAGGAGCUCAACCACCUGCUGGAAAUGAAGCAAAUCCUGGAGAAACAGAACCAUGAGCUGCACAGGGAGAAGCAAGAGGCCGACAGUCAGCUGAAGGAACUGAAGGACCAGCUGGAGGCAGAACACUAUUUCACAACUCUUUACAAGACGCAGAUCCGUGAGCUGAAGGAAGAGUGUGAAGAAAGGAAUAAGCAUUACAAAGAGGCGCAGCAGCGACUGCGGGAAUACCAGGAUGAAAGAGAUUCACUCACAGCCCAACUGGAAGCAAGUCUGACCAAAGCCGACGCCGAGCAGCUGGCGCGCUCAAUCGCUGAGGAGCAAUACUCCGAUUUGGAGAAGGAGAAAAUCAUGAAGGAGCUGGAAAUCAAAGACAUGAUUGCGAGACACAAGCAAGAGCUCCGUGACAAGGAAGCCACCAUCGGCUCGCUGGAGGAGUCUAAUCGCACUCUAACUGUGGAUGUAGCCAAUCUGGCCAAUGAAAAGGAGGAGCUGAACAACCAACUGAAAGAAAUGCAGCAACAGUUCCACAAAACCAAAGAGGAGGAAAAACAGAUGACCAGUGUGAAGCUGUCUUUGGAAAAACAGCUGCAGAGUGAAAGGACACUGAAGAUUCAGGCCGUCAACAAGCUGCACGAGGUGAUGAACAGACGGGAGACGGUUCGCGGCGGCCACAGAGGCAUCGACACGGAGCUGCACAAGAAGGAGAAGGAGAACAGGAAGCUGCAGCUGGAGCUGAGAGCCGAGAAGGAGAAAUUCAACAGCACAAUCAUCAAAUACCAGCGAGAGCUGAACGAGAUGCAGGCGGUGAUAGCAGAUGAGAACCAGGUCCGCUUGGAGCUUCAGAUGGCGUUGGACAGUAAAGACAGCGACAUUGAGCAGCUGCGCUGCCAGCUCACCUCGCUUAGCGUUCACUCUAUGGACUCCACCAGCAUCAGCAGUGGAAAUGACCUGGAAGCUGGAGAUGCAUACCCAGUGCGCAUUACUCAGUCUCAGACCUCUGAAUCAAUGUCCUUCACCUACCAGCGCACACACAAAUCUGUGCGCAUCGACACACGCCCCAACCUUCGCUCGGCUUGCUCCCUCUUUGACUCUGACUCUGAGGAUGAAGGAGAACAUGAGGAGCUGGAGGAGCAGGGCCAGCGCCCCCUUGCCCUCACCUAUGAACAAAGCCCAGAGUCUGAAGCUGCAGAGUCCCGGCUGGAGGGCUGGAUUUCGCUUCCAACCAAGAACACAAAGCGGUUCGGCUGGGACAAAAAAUAUGUUGUGGUGAGCAGCAAGAAGAUCCUGUUCUACAACAAUGAGCUGGACAGAGAGCAUUCCAACCCCUUCAUGACCCUGGACAUCGACAAGCUGUUUCAUGUCCGACCCGUCACUCAAACAGAUGUAUACCGUGCAGAUGCCAAAGAAAUCCCAAGGAUAUUCCAGAUCCUGUAUGCCAAUGAAGGGGAGAUUAAACGUGACCAGGAGUUUGCAGUGGAACCUGCACUACUCAGCGAACGUCCCUCCUACAUCAGCCACAAAGGCCACGAGUUCAUCCCCACACUCUACCACUUCCCCUCCAGCUGUGAGGCUUGCACUCGGCCCCUGUGGCACGUCUUCAAACCCCCACCGGCCCUCGAGUGCCGGCGGUGCCACACCAAGUGCCACAAAGAUCACCUGGACAAGAAAGAGGAAGUCAUUGCCCCCUGCAGGGUGAAGUAUGACAUGUCCACCGCCAAAGAGCUGCUUCUGCUGGCCAGUUCUCAGGAGGAACAGCAGCACUGGGUCAGUCACCUGAUCAAGCGCAUCCCACGGAAACACCCAACCAUGAGUCCUCCUUCAGCACAGCCACACCUUCCGCCCGAAGGAACAACACGCUCUCCGCGACUGUCCCCGCGAAACUCGCCCAAGAACUCCCCUCACAUGUCCCACCGCGGAGCCAUCAAGAUCCAACCCAGCAGACAGCAGCAACCCACAGGGAAGCCCAGAUUGCUUGAUUUUGGCCUGAAAGACUGGAGUUGGUCGUUGGAUGAUGUCAGUAAUGAUGAUGAUGAUGAUGAUGAUUUGUUCUUCUGAGGAAGUGAACGCGGGGGUACGGAGGGUAAUGCUGCAUGCAGCGCGACCGGCGUGUGUUUGCAGUUCCUCACAGGCCCACGUGCAUGUUGUUGUGUGAGCUCUGAAUUUGCUCAGUGUUUAAAGUGCAGUCAGCUUCUAGAAGUGUUUGGUCUUUGGAGACCACCACAGUGAAGUUUGAGCUUCCAGCUUUUAUUCAAGGGGUUUAACAAAAAAUGAUCAGAAAUAUGUCAAAAAGUCAGCACUGUAACAACAUGUUGAUUGUUUAAUUUCAGCCCCAUUGUGACCAAAUAACAAAAAGCAUCUCUCUCCAAAUACUUCUGAUGAACUUGACUAUAUUUUAGUCUUUGCAAAUGUGACGACUCAGAAUGCAGCUACUGGCUAUAGCUUCCUUCUUAUUACAUGUGGAUUUCGUGUGGGCGUGUGUUUGAAGUCCUGACAUGCUGAGGCUUUUUUUUUUA